AUAAGCAACCAAUCAAAAGAUAACCCCCUCUUUAACUAUAAGUCUCACAUAAUUCAAACAAACCAACUACCCUUGUGGCCUUUUCAUAUAUCUAUGAUUCAAUCAACUGCUCCUCAUUGAUGAUGGGAUCUGAGAAUUAAUCAACAAGGCCACAGGGGGCCGGAAAGCAAAUGGCAAAGACUCUGAUACUAAGAUGCAGUGUUAAUUCCCUCAUAACCCUCCUCUUUGCGUUCGUAUUCGUUGCCGUUUACUUGGCAGGAGAGAGGAGAUUAUGGUUUUUUGAAGAUGAAGAUCAGGCAGCUAUGCAAAGAAACUCAUCGGCGAAGUGCAAUCUGUUUUCUGGAAAAUGGGUAUUUGAUAACAAGUCUUACCCCUUGUACAAGGAGAAAGAAUGCACUUUCAUGUGGGAUGAGUUUGCUUGUGAGAAGUUUGGCAGGAAGGACUUGAACUAUCAGAGUUGGAGGUGGCAGCCUCACCAGUGUGACCUCCCAAGGUUCAAUGCCACGGCAUUGUUGGAGAAGCUAAGGGGGAAGAGGAUGGUGUUUGUUGGAGAUUCUUUGAAUAGGGACCAAUGGGUUUCGAUGGUGUGUUUGGUGGAGUCAGCUAUCCCAGCACCACUCAAAUCCAAGCCCAAAUAUGCACACUUCAAAUUCAAAGCCAUUGAAUACAAUGCCUCAAUCGACUUCUACUGGUCGCCAAUGCUCGUGGAAUCCAAUAACGAUGAUCCAGUUAGCCACCGGUUACCAGAACGAAUAGUCCGAAUCAGUGAAAUCGAAAAGCAUGCCAGGCAUUGGACCAAUGCAGAUAUACUCGUCUUCAACUCCUAUCUGUGGUGGAGACGGCCCAAAAUGAAGCUCUUAUGGGGAUCAUUUGAGAGUCCGGAUCAAAUCACCAAAGAAGUUGAGAUGUUACGGAGCUACGAGAUGGCUAUAAAGACGUGGUCGGAUUGGUUGGAUAUUCAUAUCGACCGUAACAGGACCCGGUCGUUUUUCAUGAGCAUGUCACCGACACAUCUUUGGGGUCAAGAAUGGGGGAUGUCAAAACCUGACAAUUGCUACAAUGAAACACUGCCAAUAACUAAAGAAGGGUAUUGGGGAAGUGGAUCAGACAUGAGAAUGAUGAAAAUAGUAGAGGCAGCCGUGGAUGAACUGAGAGCAAAAGGUUUGCAGAUCGAAAUGCUGAAUAUAACACAACUUUCGGAGUACAGAAAAGAAGCUCACCCGUCCAUUCAUAAAAAGCAAUGGACGCCUCUAAACGGAGAUCAAUUGUCUAACCCAAGAAGCUAUUCUGAUUGCGUCCAUUGGUGCCUUCCUGGUGUGCCUGAUGUUUGGAAUGAAAUCCUUUACGCUUACAUUUUUAAUCUCACAUGAACAUAAAUGUAAAGUACAUAACAUUUUAAGAUCUUUUUUUAUAACUAGGCCACCGGAAUUUGUGGAAGUUGUAAAAUAGUUCGACUUUUGAGAGCUGGAAAAGGAAAAAUUAUUGCUUCAUCUCA